CUCCGCCGCGCCCCCAGUAUAAAGGCAGCGGGCGGUGAUGGCGGGGGCUGCUCCUCGCGCUCACAAGAUGGCGGAGGCGGCGAACUGCAUCAUGGAGACGUUUGUAGCCACCCUGGCUAACGGGAUGAGCCUCCAGACGCCGCUAGAAGAUGUUUCGUGCCCCCCCGGGGAGAGCAGCACCAAGCCCUCGGCCGAGGAGAUGACCUCCAAGGAUUACUACUUUGACUCCUACGCCCACUUUGGCAUCCAUGAGGAGAUGCUGAAGGAUGAAGUGCGGACGCUGACCUACCGCAACUCCAUGUUCCACAACCGGCACCUCUUCAAGGACAAAGUGGUGCUGGAUGUCGGCAGCGGCACUGGCAUUCUCUGUAUGUUUGCUGCCAAAGCUGGUGCCCGCCGCGUCAUCGGGAUUGAGUGCUCCAGUAUUUCCGAUUAUGCCGUCAAGAUAGUCAAGGCCAAUAAGCUGGACCAUGUGGUCUCUAUUAUCAAAGGGAAGGUGGAGGAGGUGGAACUGCCAGUGGAGAAGGUCGACAUCAUCAUCAGCGAGUGGAUGGGCUACUGCCUCUUCUACGAGUCCAUGCUCAACACAGUCAUCUACGCUCGUGACAAGUGGCUGACCCCUGACGGCCUCAUCUUCCCUGACCGGGCAACGCUCUAUGUGACAGCCAUAGAAGACCGGCAGUACAAGGACUACAAGAUCCACUGGUGGGAGAACGUCUACGGCUUUGACAUGUCCUGCAUCAAGGACGUGGCCAUCAAGGAGCCCCUUGUCGAUGUGGUGGACCCUAAGCAGCUUGUUACCAAUGCCUGCCUCAUUAAGGAGGUGGACAUCUACACGGUGAAGGUGGAGGAGCUGACCUUCACGGCACCCUUCUGUCUCCAAGUCAAGCGCAACGACUAUGUGCACGCGCUAGUGGCGUACUUCAACAUCGAGUUCACGCGCUGCCACAAGCGCACGGGCUUCUCCACCAGCCCCGAGUCUCCCUACACACACUGGAAGCAGACUGUGUUCUACAUGGAGGACUACCUCACCGUCAAGACUGGGGAGGAGAUCUUUGGCACCAUCACCAUGAAGCCCAACGCCAAGAACAACCGUGACCUUGACUUCACCAUCGACCUGGACUUCAAGGGGCAGCUCUGCGAGCUCUCCUGCUCCACUGACUACCGCAUGCGCUAGGGUGGGGGCCUGGCACCCCCGAAAUGGGGAGGGGGCACCCCCACAAUGGGACACCCCUCCUCCCAUCAAACCAAGGGACCUCCCUCAGCCUGGGGGUGUGUGGUGGCAUCCCCAUGUCCCUGUGGAGGGCUUCAACACACACACACACACACACACACACACACACAAAUCCAGGGGGGGUUCCCCCAAAUCGCCCCCCUGACACUAUAGGUGGGGUCCUGUAGCCCUGCCCCCCCCCCCUUGUCACUGGGGAGUCCCCAAAUACCUUUCCUGUUGCCACAGGGGGCUGCCCCAAAUUCUUGCCCCUGCUGGGGGAGCAAUGUGUGUCCCCCAUGAACCCCCAUGGCCCUGGGGUGGUCUCCUGUGUCACCUCCCCAGUAAAGGGGGGUCCUGGGGAGGGGGGCUCAUGUUAGGGGAAGCCCCCACUUGUCUUUGGGGGUUUCCAAGUGUUGUCCCUCCCUGACUUGGGAGGGGUCCUGUGAUUUUGGGGGUGGGGGGCUCUCCCUCUUGGUGGGGGGGCACGGUCCCCAGUGUCCCCUCAUGGAUCUUCUCAGCUGCCCCCCCCCCCCCCAUGUUUGGGGGGGGUGGGAGGGUCCCUGUUGCCAUCCCAUCCCAUCCUGUUCCCUGCCCCCAGCCUCCCCCAGCCCUGGGUUCCUUUGGGGGGAGCCAGUUUUGUGGGGCUGUGGCAGGGGGGCCCCUUGUGUCCCAUCUUCCCCUCCCCCCCCCCUUUCGUAAGUUAUGUUUUUAUAUGGGGCUGUUGCUGAGGAAUAAAUGCAGCUGAACGGG